AUGUGUUUAGCUGGACAUGGCUGUGGAUGUUGUGUAUGCGAUUAUCUAGUUACUGUUUUGUUCCUAUGGAUAUGUACCUUUGCUAUGCCUCUUCAUGUAGAUCCACGUAAACACGAACUUCUGGAAGCUAGAAUUCAGGGAACUAACCAUAUAAGGUCAACCAAUAAUGUGCCUCGCUCCACAAAGUCUAAUUCGUAUGCUUCUGGAUAUAUGUUUCCAAUAACAGAAGAACCUUCCGGCACUCCAGAACACUCAGUUUUACGUGGUUCUUCCAGUCCAUUCAGUUCAGUCGGUGAACAUGACCUAAGUACUAGUAGCAGUGAGAUUAAGCCGGUUUCCACAGUAGUUCCUUCGAUAUCAGUUGAAAUCAAUGAAAGAAUUCCGAGUGCAACAGAUCCAGGCAAAAGGUUGCAUAACCCGAAUUGCCAUAACAUUCAUCGACUGGAGGUCACUAGUCCGGGUCUUAAUGUUCAAGAUUCUCAGAUCUACGUUCAGACGCAAGAAGAUUAUGUGACUUCACCUACGACUCCAAAAAAAAAGAGAAUCCCUUCAAGUUCUGUAGGAGAGUCUGACAACACAUCAAAUGACGGUCUUAUUACUUCCCUCGUAAAAUCGGACGAUAAGUUGAUAGAAGCUUUGGCUCCUGGUAUCCCAGCAAAUCCUCUUGGUUCGCCCCAAGGUCUGCAGUAUGUUUCAAGGUCGAACUCUAUUCACACCCCAACCACUGUUGCGGGCAACAGUCCUGUGAAACAACCCUAUACAUUUGUAGAGGAAAAAAAUGCUCCGUAUCCCACAUUCCAAAUUUCCGUCCAACCAUCUGCAGCAUUUAUCGAAACAAACAAUCCUACAUACCACUUAUCUCCUUCGAUAGGACCACAUACUCCAACUCCUGGUGGACAAGGUGAUUCGUUGCCAUCCCGAAAUGGCACAAAGAAACGGCGAAAAUUAGUGAGUUCUGAUGAAGGUCAUACACCGAAACCUAAAAAAAUGGUUUGCCAAGAACGUGGUUCAAAGCGUAUCGAUGAAAUCUUUAAAUUCAUGCCUGGGCCAUUAUAUUCAUCCUGUGGUUCAACCAGUCCGACACAAAAUCCUCGUCUACAGAGUCCUUCCCCUACAGGUGCCCAUUCACUUGAUAAUCAAAUGGUUGGAGUAAACCAUAAUUACAUCCCGUCGCUGAAUGAAGCUGUGACUACGAGCUGCGCAAGCAACGAUCAAAUGAUUAUUACGUCAGUAACAGGAAUUCAGUAUGCAAAUAAUGCAGCUACUUUCCAGUUGUCACCUGUCCGUGCCAGCAGUACAGCAAGUUUAAGUGAUAGCUCCGGUGACAAUCCUGUAUCGAUGGUUGGGUUAAGUAUGGUUGCGAAUGUAAACGCGAAUCCAACUUCUUGUACAAUACCCUGCAAUGCUAAUCCAUUGCCUACUUAUUCUAACCUUCAGCUACCUGCUAAUCUUAAUUCAUCAUAUCCUCAAGUUGGACAACCUAGUGUUGGUUAUCUAAGCUCUGGAUCCUGUCCUAAUAAUCCCAUGACAUCAAAUGUUCCAGCCGUUUCUGGGUCACCCACAAACAACUUCAGAUCUCAUGUCGGGGUGCAAACAGAUGAAACUGUCACUCCACCGCCAACUGCCGAAUGUGUGGAAGGUUCACAAUGCACAAACAUCACAACUUUGCAUAAUAAUCCUCCCUUAGUUACAACCGGUGGACCUGCUUCAUCUGUUCCACUAACUUCAGUUGAGAGUCUUCAGCGUCGAAUAGCUGAUUUAGAACACGAAACUGUUGUUCAACGAGAGACCAUUACAAAAUUACAAGAUAAUGCCAUUCGUUCCCGCGAAAUGAUACGCGAAUUGCUGAUUGAAAAAAGUUUACUCGAAAGAAAGACUACACGUCAAAAAGUUAUGGAAAACCGUUUACGGUUAGGUCAAUUUAUCACCCAAAGACAGGGUGCUCAUUUUGAAGAGAAAUGGAUCGAAGGUUCGAGAUUUAAGGAAUUAGAUCAGCGCCGUAAGAAUAUUGAACUUGUUCGUGAAGAGAUUGAACGUAAAAAGAAACAAUGGAACAAGCGUAAACCAAAUGUUGGGGAUGCUAAAAAGAGUACUAAAUCUAAAUACGAUGAAGUCUCCGUGGAUGAAUUUUAUGAACAAUUAGAAAUUUAUGAUUUACGUAAACAGAUGCUUGUUAAAGAAGAUAAAGAAAUUCAAAUGGAAUUAGAGCGAUUAGAUCGAGAAAGAAAUUUGCAUAUUCGAGAAAUUAAACGAAUUUCUAAUGAAGAUGCAUCUCGUUUUAAAGAUCAUCCAUUACUGAAUGAACGAUAUCUUUUGCUUAAUUUACUGGGCAAAGGUGGAUUCUCGGAAGUUCACAAGGGUUUUGAUCUCGUAGCUAAUCGAUAUGUUGCUUGUAAAAUUCAUCAGCUUAAUCCUUCUUGGCCUAAAGAUAAAAAAGAUAACUACAUUAAACAUGCGUUAAGAGAGAUUGAGAUUCACAAAACGUUACACCAUCCGAGGAUAGUAAAAGUAUUCGAUGUGUUUGAUAUCGAUCAUGAUGCAUUUUGUACUGUACUUGAAUACAGCGAAGGUAAUGACUUGGAUUUCUUUCUUAAACAAAACAAAAGUAUUCCGGAACGUGAAGCCAAGUCGAUUAUAUGCCAAGUGGUUUCUGCUUUGAAAUAUUUAAAUGAACGUAAACCUCCAGUAAUUCAUUAUGACUUGAAACCAGGUAAUAUUUUACUGGGUUCCGGCCAAGUUGCUGGUGAAAUCAAAAUCACGGAUUUUGGUUUAAGUAAACUUAUGACAGAAGAUAAAUACAAUCCAGAGACUGGAAUGGAUUUAACCUCCCAAGGAGCAGGCACUUAUUGGUACUUACCACCGGAAUGUUUUGAGACAGGGCGGGAACCUCCAAAAAUAUCUUCAAAAGUGGAUAUAUGGUCUGUUGGUGUAAUUUUCUUUCAGUGUUUGUUUGGAAAAAAACCAUUCGGUCAUAAUAUGUCCCAAGCUGAUAUUUUGCACGAAAAUACAAUUCUCCAUGCACGAUCCAUUGUAUUCCCUUCCACUACAAAAGUUAGCGACGGCGCAAAAGAAUUUAUUCGAAAGUGUUGUACGUAUAGAAAAGAUCUCCGACCGGAUGUCUUUCAACUUAGCAACGAUGAUUAUCUUAAGCCUAAAGCUCAACUCAAACAUUAUCUCGAUACAUCUACACUCCCUGGUCCUGUCGGUGUCCCACUAAAUAUUGCUACUCCCCCGCCUUCAACUUGUAUUGAUCCCUCUAUCCCCACUCCUGGUAGCAACCAGUGUAUAAUAUCUGGAUUUCCAACAAACAAUCCUGGAAAUUGCGCUGCCCAACCUCACCCACAACAUAUCCUUCAACAUCAACAGCAGGCCACAUCUUUCUCCGUGCUACAGAAUCAGGAAGCUACUCCAUCAUCACAACCUUCAACCUUGCCACCACCAAAUCAGACAGAUUUUAUAACAAGACGUUGUAUUAGUUAA